ACUGCUUUCGCCGCUGCCUCGAGCGAUCGUUUGUAUUCCGCCUGCCUUUCUUCCGCUCCAAGGGACACACCCCUUGUCCCCCGCCCCCACUAUGCCUACCCGUCGCUACUCAAAGUUUAUACCGCCCAGUCUCUCGAUGAGCGAGCUCGUCUGCCAGAAACUGGAUAACGAUGCGACCGACCUCUUGAUCGACAAAUGGCUCGAGCGCCCCCAUUGUCCCGAUGCUUAUUACGACUGGUUCCAACGCGUCCGGGAGCGCCGACACGCCGCGAACGCGAACAUCUGCAAGGAGCAGAUCCUCCUCUGGAGCAAGGGCGUAUUCGUCCCCGAGAACAUCUUCACGCGCACCGUCGACACCGGGCGCCUCAUCCCUCUCGACCGCACAUGGGUCACGCAUGUUUAUCACCACCAGUCUAUGUCGCGGCUUAACAUGAUGCCUGUAAUAUUCAGUAUGCUUCCUGAGCUGAUGCUCCUCCGCGGCAUGCACGAUCGGGGUUGCGACGAAAUCUAUGUUAUCGUCACCGAUCUCAAACGACAGGAGAUGGACCAAGUCACAGAUUACUUCAAGUACGUGUGCAGAAACUCGGCAAAUGGACCGUGUAAACCAAGCGUCGAGGAGAAGAUAAACCACGACCACAUGACCCUGACCCACAUGCUUGAUCGAAACCGCCGUACACCAUGCUUUCCCCAAAUCGACCUCACGCUCCGAGCCAUCCUUUUCGAAAAGCGACCACCAUUCGUCGUCCUUUUCUCCCACCAAACGAUGUCGUACUCCCAGAUCCUCUUCGCCAAUUCUCUCUUUGUCCCCUCGAAAGAAGUCUAUUUCGACUUCCCUAGCGGCUGCCCAAACCCUGGGUGCACAGACAACUGCUGCGAACUCAUCCGCUUCCCGAAGAAAGGCCUCGAGACCGCAGCCGUGCUCUGCGACAAGCGGAAGGUACGCUAUCGGUAUGGCCGGCGGGCGAAACCAAAGGAGCUGUGCAACUGGAUCGAUUGCCAUGUCUGUUUUUCCGACGAGGUUGCACCCUGUGCGCACCACGAGGGAGGCAGUGAAGGGAGUGUCGCGGGGAGCAGCGAGGGGAGCGAAGGGAGCCUAUAUGAGGCGAGAUUUGCGGGGUUGAUUUGUAGUCGGUGUAAGCUGGUGAAGUACUGCUCUCCGGAACACCAGAAGCUCGAUUGGGAGGAACACCGAAGAGUGUGUGUGAAGCCAGGGACCGUGCCGGAGUCGGAGACACAGGCGCAGUAGGCGGUGGGUGCCGAUGAACCAGGCGGGAGGUUUUCAGCUACGGUUCAGACAUUGCGGGCGGAGAGGAGGGAAGUGCGCUGCACGAUGGACGGUCUUGUUCGAUGGCUUGCACCCUAACAUUAUCGUUAUUUGUGAUGUGUCUCCUGCUCGCCUCAAUGCUGUAUCUUGUAUCCUCGACUAUACGUCGAUCUUGUCUCCUUCACUUUCCUGCGCGCACGGACCAGCGCCCGUUCGUGCGAUGAUGUCACGACUGGUGGAAGCGCUGCACUUGGCUGCACUCGCAUCGACUUGC